AUGGUAUUCUCUCCUUGGGCCAGGGCCUCCCUUGUGGCCUAUGGCCUCUUGAUGGCUGCUGAUGUUGUCUCGGGUAACCCACGAAGACAUGCAGUCAGUCCUACCUACCGCAACAGCAACGUCUGCCCAGAGCGUUGCAGUGAUCUUGGGACAGAUCCAAGCAAAUGGCACGCCUACCACAACCUGGAGCAGUUCAGUGCCUGCGACCAGGCAGUGAUCCAAGCCUUUUCCAUCUACGACGAUGUCGACGAUGCCUCCAAAGGCCACGGAAUUUACGCCUGCACUUCAUACGGUCCUGACUUUGCAAACCUCCCACAGUUUAGAGUUAAGGCAGUCAUUGCUGAAACUAUUGACGCCACUUACGAAGUUGGCUGGGGGGACGAUGGCCAUAAACUCGCUGCCGCCGAUAUCCGCUCCGCCUCGAAGCAGCUCCGCAAGUACAUGAAGGGCGGACAUGGCUCUGCCGAGUCCGCAGAGAUCUUGUACGCUCGAUCUGGCCGCGCUGCCGUUGGUCUAUACUUGGGUAAAGGCUUGCAGAAGGCGGGCGUCAGCGCAGUCGCUCUCAAGUACCUAGAGGACAACCUAAGUACUCUCAACGCUACAUCGCGUGACGUGGCUAUCCAGUUCUGCAACCCAGACUACACCAGCGAGCACACCUUCGGAUUUUUUGCCACUAGCAGCAGGACCUUCGCCCCUGUCCAGAAGGCUAUGCAGUCUUGGGCUAAUGGCACUUGCGUGUCGUUUCCCAACUCGCAGACCUUCGAGGGCCAGGCUAUGCUAACUGCCAAGCUCCCAACUACUUCCGUAUCAAACGACACGGUUGCUGAUACCAACUCUACAUCGGCCAUCACCAGCCGGUCUAACUAUGUGAAGCUUAACGCUCGUGCUGAGUGCUCCACCACGCAGGUCCAGGGUGGUGACGACUGUGGUAAAUUGGCGGUCAGGUGUGGUAUCGCUGCCGCUGAUUUCACCAAAUACAAUAGCGACGCAAGUCUCUGCUCGACUCUGAAGCCGGGACAGCACGUCUGUUGCUCGGCGGGAACCCUUCCUGAUUUUGCGCCGAAGCCAAACCCUGAUGGUUCCUGUAAGGUGUACUAUGUUGCUAAGGAUGAUAACUGCUCAAACAUCGCUGCUGCAAACAGCCUCACCAAUGCCGACCUAGAGGACUUCAACAAGAAUACUUGGGCUUGGAGUGGAUGCGACACCCUCCAAUUCAACAUGAACAUCUGCUUGAGCACGGGCGACCCGCCCAUGCCGCCUAGUCAAGAGGGUAUCGUCUGUGGUCCGCAAAAGCCUGGCACCAAGCAGCCAACCGAUGGCACCAAGCUCGCGGACCUUAACCCCUGCGCUCUGAAUGCCUGCUGUGACAUUUGGGGACAAUGUGGUAUUACCGCUGAGUUCUGCACCGACACCGGAACUGGCAACCCAGGAACCGCUAAGCCCGGCACCAACGGCUGCAUCUCCAACUGCGGCACAAAGAUGGUCAAGGGCAGCGCCCCCACCGAAUUCCGCAGGAUUGCUUACUACGAGGGUUACAGCUUCGGGCGUGAAUGUCUAUUCCAGGAUGUUCUUCAGAUCGAUCCCACGCAGUACACUCACCUGCACUUCGCUUUCGGUACCCUCACAGCGAAUUAUGAGGUCGAAGUUGGUGAUAUUAUGUCUUCAUAUCAAUUUGAAAACUUCAGACGCAUUCAGGGCCCAAAACGUAUUCUCAGUUUUGGUGGAUGGGAUUUCUCAACUAUGCCGGAGACUUAUACUAUUUUCCGUGAGGGAGUCACUGCUGCCAACAGGCUGAAGCUGGCCACAAAUAUUGCCAACUUCAUUAAAGAGAAGGAUCUUGAUGGUGUCGACAUUGACUGGGAGUACCCCGGCGCCCCUGACAUUCCAGGUAUCCCGGCGGCCAGCUUGGAUGAUGGUGAUAACUACCUGGCAUUCCUAGUUAUCCUAAAGAACCUGCUGCCCGGCAAGUCCGUCUCCAUUGCGGCUCCCUCUUCAUACUGGUACUUGAAGGCCUACCCACUCAAGAAGAUCGCAGCAGUUAUCGACUAUAUUGUUUACAUGACGUACGAUCUUCAUGGCCAGUGGGAUGCCCAGAAUCCCAACUCUCAGGAGGGUUGCGCCAACGGCAACUGCCUUCGUAGUCAGGUCAACCUGACGGAAACCAUGAGCUCACUGAUCAUGAUAACGAAGGCUGAAGUUCCAUCGAACAAGGUUGUCGUCGGUAUCACUAGCUACGGUCGAUCCUUUAACAUGGCCCAGGCUGGCUGUCACACCCCCGAGUGUCUCUACACUGGUGACCGCCUGAACUCUGAUGCCACAAAGGGCAAAUGCACUGCUACUGCUGGCUACAUCUCUGAUGCUGAGAUUAAGGAGAUCAUAGACGAGGGAAGCCGUGUUGCCAAUCACUACGUUGAUCCGACAAGUAAUAGCAACAUUCUCGUUUAUGAUGACACGCAAUGGGUAGCCUACAUGGAUGAUAGCAUCCGAACUCAGCGUCAUGCGCUCUACACUGGUCUAAACCUAGGCGGUACAACGAAUUGGGCCACCGAUUUGGAGAAGUACAAUGAUGUCCCUGGCGAUUCUGGGAGCUGGUUAAACUACAAGUUGAGCAUUAAGGCCGGCAAGAACCCUUGGCAAGUUGGCGACCGCACUGGCAACUGGACCGAGAUAAUGUGCGACAGUCAGGCGGCCUCAGACAUCCGUGGUUUAACUCCCGAGCAGCGCUGGGACGGGAUGGACAUGGAGGACGCAUGGAAGGAUAGCAUUGCUGUUUGGAAGGAAUACGACAGGGGCAAAACCUCGUUUACUUUUACGCAGUCCAUGUCACUCACCCUCAAUGGUCCAGAGCGCGCCAGCUGCGGCUCCUUAAAGAGCGACAGCAACUGUAUCCAGACAUUGCAGUGCAGUCCCUUCCAGAAUAAGGGGUCCGGCGCCGCCGCCUAUGAGCUUUGGAACUCGUUCGUCAUAAUCCACGAAAUGUAUCAGACCUUCAAUGAUGCAUUGUACAAGGCAGCCGCUACUGUUAUCACCCCAGCGCUGUCAGACUUUGAGAAGAAGUUCACGCCCGUUCCUCCGGAAGAAGACAACACCUGGCUGCUGCUCCUACUCGAUCUUGUCACUGUCGGAAUCUCUGCCGUCGCCGCGCCCUUCUUCAACAACUUCAUUGCUAAGUUGCCAUACUUCAUUGCGAAGGAGGCAGCAGCAAACAACAUUAAGGAUCUGACCCUGCUUGCUAUUGGCCAAUCUACCACGAUUGCCAAGGAUCUACUUAGCACCAAGGAGAGCGACUGGACUGAGGAUAAACAAGACGAGUUCUCCAACUACCUCGGCCAAUCCAUUGCUGCGUGGGGUAAUACCACUGGAGCAGCGCUUCAACGCCUCUUUAAUGGGGAGGAUGAGAGCAUUGAUGCUCUGUAUGCCAUCAUCUCAGACGGAAAACUCAUCUCAGGCGGCGGCGCCGAGUCUUCAACCGUUCCGCCCGAGACCAGCGAGGCCGAGCUGGAGAACCACAUUGCAAGGGCCUUCUUCGCCUUUGCCAUCCCCACUGGCUGGACAUUCUCCAAGCAUUACGCAUUCGUGAUCGACUCUGGCUACGACUGCAGCGCCUCUGACCCUAUGGGCGACUACCUUGACGCGGACACUAUGCACACCACUUAUGGUUGUUACCAAAACAAGCUAUACUACUUGGCCGCAGCCCAGGGCGACUCUAAGACAUGCCAUGACAAUUGCAAUGAUGGUCACUGCGAUAAAGUUUGCGUCGACUCUAAAUUCAAGGCUCCCCCUGGCCUUGAAACCCUAGAUGGCAAGAACUUUGGUGGCGUCUCUGUCCAGGAUCUGAUUCAAGGAUCCGUCCGCACCUACCUCCAGAACAGCAACGAGAACGGCGGCGCGUUCGUCGACAUCACUAAUGGCGGCUCCUUCGACGACCUGAUGGCGAUCGAUCUAACAACACCCGGCUUCAUCCGCCUUCCCGUCUGCACCCCCGAGCGUGCCUACAAGUCCUGGGACACCGCCGGCCCUAAGGACGACGACCCAUUAUACCCCUGCAGCAUCGCCAAGGGGCCCGACCACUGCCUGAUCUCGUCCUUUGUCGACCAGACCUCGGACGCCUCCCCUCCCGUUGAAGACUGCAAGCAGAUCAUCAAGAACAUCGAGGGCGACGGCGGUGCCACCUGGACAACCGGCAUCAGCGGCCAGCGCCAGCUCGUCUCCUAUGGUGAAUGCAAGUUCGGUGUCCAGAGCAAGAGCGGCGCCGACGGUAACGUGACGUUUAAGGUCGGCUCGCAGGACAUCAUCGACCUCAUCAACGAAGCCAUCAAGCGGUUUGGUGGCGGCGGCAAGGUCGGUGCCAAGGGCAUAGUGGAUUGUGAUGGUAACGUGCACGAUACUACCAUCGAGUGGGGCCUUUACUAAGUCAUGGCCAUACUUGGAUGUGUACUCCUACCAUAUAUAUAUGCAUAGCUACCCACCCACUCAUGGAUAUAGG